AUGCUCUUUCCUCGGCUACCCAUGCGGGCCUCCAUUAGCUUGCGCGCAUUUUCAACGGCGCGAGUCUCUCGCACAGAACUGGCCUUCCAAGUCUUUGGUCCUGAAAACGAAGCCAUUCAACGGGAUCCGAUCGUGUUUCUUCACGGGCUGUUCGGCUCAAAGCAGAACAACCGCAGCAUUAGCAAAGCUCUUGCUCGCGACCUGAAAUGUCGCAUCUAUAACUUGGACUUGCGUAACCACGGAGACUCCUUCCAUGCACCUGGCCAUAAUUAUGCCGUCAUGGCCGAAGAUGUGCAGGAAUUUAUGGAGCAACAUCAAAUUGGCAAGUCCGUCUUGAUUGGUCACUCUAUGGGUGCCAAAGUCGCCAUGACGGUGGCACUUUGCUCACCCGAGCGUGUCUCCGGGUUGAUUCCUGUCGACAAUGCCCCCGUCAACGCCGCUCUGAAGAGCGACUUUCCCAAGUAUGUCCGUGGCAUGCAACAGGUCGAACAGGCAAAGGUGUCCAAGCAGUCUGAAGCAGACAAAAUUUUGAAAGAAUUUGAAGAGUCUCUUCCAAUCCGUCAAUUUCUUUUGACCAAUCUUGUCCGAUCGGAAGACAAUAUCCUCAAAUUCCGCGUACCUCUGUCUGUCAUCGGGGACUCUCUCAAUGAUAUGGCUGAUUUCCCUUUCUCGGAAUCGGAGGGGAAACAGUAUCAUGGGCCCACGUUGUUCGUCCGAGGUACGAGGUCUCGGUACGUCUCGGAUAACACCAUGCCCGCCAUCAAGACCUUCUUCCCCAACGCGCAGAUCGCAGACGUAGAGGCCGGACACUGGCUCAUCUCAGAGAACCCGGAAGGAUUCCGGCAAGCGGUGCUUAAAUUCUUCGGAUCACUCUGA